AUGACAGAAUCGCGCAUGCAAGCGGCCUUGCUCAGGGAAAACCCUCGCGUCUUUCGAAAGAGUUUUCUGAAGCUGUAUGGCUGCCUUUUCGUCGGAUACCUAUGCUCGGCCACUAACGGUUUCGACUCCAAUACUUUUGGCGGCUUGUCUGCCAUUCCGGCGUUCAAAAAGUACUUUGGCAUCACCACGAGCAACCAGGGUCUUGUCGCCGCGCUCUACGUUAUCGGAAACAUCGCCGGGUCAUUCUUCGCUGGACCGUGCUCAGACCGCUAUGGUCGUCGCGUGGGAAUGGCUACAGGGUCCGUCAUCUGUAUCAUUGGUGCCAUUCUUCAGACUGCAGGCACAAAUCUCUCCAUGCUGAUGGGUGGCCGCUUCAUCCUCGGAAUGGGAGCGGUACUCGUUCAGACCGCUGGCCCGAGUUAUGUGGUGGAGAUGUCUUAUCCCAAAUAUCGGGCGCAGCUUACUGGGGCUUAUCAAGCGUUCUUCUUCAUGGGCACAAUAAUCUCGACAUGGCUGGAAUAUGGCCUGAACCAUGCCCACACAUCUUUGUCCUACCCAUGGCGGCUUCCCCUUGCUAUCCAGGGCCUUCCCUCAGUUUUCAUUCUGUGUUUCAUCUCGUUCAUCCCCGAAAGUCCUCGAUGGUACGUCAGUCAAGGACGACUUGCCGAUGCGAAAGCGGUGCUUGUCAAGUACCACGGAGACGGAGACCCAGAUGCCUUGGUCGCAAAACUCGAACUACAAGAGAUGCAAGAAGUUAUUCAGCUGGAUGGAUCAGACAAGAGAUGGUGGGACUUCAGACAGCUCUUCAACACCCGCGAAGCACGAUACCGGACCUUCCUGGUCACUUGUAUCGCUUGGUUUGGUGAACUGGAUUUACCGCCUACGAGUUACUAUUUUCCCUUGAUGGUCAAGACAGUCGGUAUCACCAGCGUUUCUACACAGCUGCUCCUCAACGCUAUCCAGACGCCAGUCAUGGCAGCUGCAGCAUUCUGCGGAAUCAACACCAUGCACAAAUUCGGCAGGCGAAAUCUUCUCAUGUUUUCUAGCACUGGAAUGGCGAUCUCCAUGGCCAUUAUCACGGCGUGCACAGCAAGACAAGCCCAUCACCCAGCCGUCGGAGGGACAGGCAUUGCGUUCCUCUACAUCUUUUUGAUCUUCUUCGCAUUCGCAUGGACCCCGAUGCAGUCGCUCUAUCCUGUCGAGGUUCUCGCAUACAAUUCGCGAGCAAAGGGCAUGGCGUACUUGGCUUUCAUGAGCAACGCGGUCAAGGUGAUGAACACUUAUGUUCCGCCUAUUGCUAUAGCCAACUCUGGCUGGAAGUACUACUUGCUCUAUGUGAUCUGGGACGCCUUUGGAGUUGUUGUUAUCUACUUCUUCUUCGUCGAGACCCGAGGUUGGAGUUUGGAGGAGAUUGAGCAGCUCUUCCGAAGUAAGAACCCUGUCAAGUCGAGCCUGGAGAAGAAAGUCAUCAGCGUGGCGUAUGAUGGCAAGAUCACGGAUGUCACAGACAUCGACGGUGGUCAUGCUUGA